ACAGGCAAAGUCAGUGAGUGAGUGACCACCGAUGGAGAUGAGGAGAUGCAGUAUUCCUAGCAUCCUGCUGAUGCUUUCACUGGGGGCAGCCCUCCUCAUCGCCGGCCACCCCUCCGUCGCCGACGAGGCGAGCGCCAUUCUCCUGCCAAGCCAAGACAAAGACCAAGUGGUCAUGGCGACACCCAGGCCGUGGAAGUGCUGCGACGUGACCGUCUGCACCAGUUCGAUCCCGCCGACGUGCAGCUGCCAGGACGUGGUCGACAACUGUGCUCCAACCUGCGAGGACUGCAAUGGUUAUGUGCACCCACCCCGCCGCGUUUGCCUAGACCGUUACACCGGCGACCCCGGGCCCAGGUGCACGGACGCCGGCGCCGGCGGUAACUGAACUCUACGUACUACUCUACGCGCACCGGUUGGACCUACCGGUAUGCGAACGUACGCCGUCGACGUGUGUUACUACAUGAAUGGAUAAUUAUGUUGUGUGUGGUCCUGCAUGCCUAGCUGCUUGCUGUGCAUGCUGCCUGUGUGUGUAAUAAGAACGGGUGGCCUUUCAUCAAAAAAAUAAAACAGGUGGCGUCGGCCUACGUACGA